CGAAAGUACAAUCCUCACCAGUAUUUUGAUAAUCGUCAAAAGAAACUCACAGACGAUCGAACUCUCAUAAACUCCGGAUGGGUCCCACCCAAUAGAAAUCCAAGUCCUCGUCGGCGUCGAUACUCCGAGUCCAGGUUCGAGUCCCUUAAGUUCGCACCCGCAUAUAUUCCCCAAGAGGAGAAGGGGUAGGAGAGAGGAAGUACUUUCGAAUUUGGGUCUCCGUUCAAUCUCUCUCUCUCUCUCUCUCGCCUUUCUCGCUCCCCUUUUCCCCUUCGCUCCCCAAACUCCGAUCUCUCUCUCAAAAACCCUUGUCGCACUAUCGGAUCCGCGACCCGAUAAUCACAUUGUGUCCCCGGCUCCAUUGCAUGGACUCCGACUCCACCCUCUCCAGCAACAAGCAUCAUCUCUUCAUGGAUGACUCUUCUUCUUCUUCAAUGCUGUCCUGUGGUGGAUGGGAUUCUAACCAGCAGAAGCGUCAGCGUAGCACUGUCACAGAUGAAUAUGAUGAGCCAGUGACAGGUGAGAUCCUUGUCAAGAACAGCUUGGACUUGGUCAGUAAAAACAAGAAACCUAUGGUGUAUGAUACUGAUUGUCAAAAGGAAGUGCAGGAUGCUUCUUCGGAAGAUUUUAUGAGUUCUAGUAUUGAUAAUGUCUUGGAAUCUGAUGCCUUGGAAGAGGCUCAGAACAGUGCGGAACCAGAUGCUGAAGUUUCUAAUUCUAACCUUUCUGAUUUAUAUGAUGAUUAUUAUGAAAAUGAAGAUGAAAAUGAAGAUGAAUAUUAUGCCUACGAUGAUGACAUGAUUGAUAAUGACUACAAUUAUGGCCUGGCAGCUAAAUUUGAUGAUUUGGAUCUACCACCAGGGGUGGAGGCUACUGUUCCUUGGUUAGACAAACCUGCGUCUGAGAGCCAAAGGAAAGACAAGAACAUUGUUUUAGAGGAGAACACUGACGUAAGAUAUAAAUCUUUUAAACAAUUUGAUACUGUGGAAGAUUACUCAGAUCAUCACUAUGCAGCGGAAGAUAAGGACGUGAAAAAGGUAUAUCUCGCAAUUUAUUACUCAUCUUCACAUUAUUUUAUUAAUUGA